AUGCAAACGUUCAACCUGCUGAGCUUCGUUCUAGUGCUAGGCGUCUCCUUUGUUCGAUCUGUGACCAUAACCGGAUCAUCAUUUACACUUGAAUCUGCUGUAAACGGCUCGCAAGCUCAAUUCACAUUCACGGGUCAAACUAGUCAAUGGAUUGGUUUUGGUGUAGGCUCCAGUAUGAGCCAAGCUGACAUGAUUAUUGUUUGGUGCACUUCAACCACUUGUGUCGCUGGUCGAAGAUACUCACAAGGAGAAAUCAUACCCACGUACUUUACGACACAAAACCUCGUAGUGCAAUCUGAAUCUGUUACUGGCCCUACGUUCAGGAUCGUGGUGCAGCGACCGAUGGCUGCUUUACAAACCCACGAAAUGGCACUCUCUAGUGGUUCAAACUCGUACAUAUAUGCUGUUGGUGGUUCACCUAAUGUUGCCACUGCAAGCGCUACAUUCAAUCAACACAACCCCAACGAUCAAAACUCUUUUAAUGCUGAUCUGUUCCCAUCUGCUUCAUCAACUGGCAACUCCACAGCCAUAACAGUUGCUGGAUCGACUGUUAACUAUACAUUGCUGAUUCAAGCCCAUGGUGGUAUCAUGGCUGCAGUUUGGGUGGUGAUUACGCCUCUUGCUAUUCUUAUUGCUAGGAAUUUCAAGGCACAGUUGGGCAUAUGGUGGUUCCGUUUACAUGCCUCACUGGCUUUGAUCAUCAUGGUGGGAACUGUCGUUGGUCUUCCAAUAGCAUACUAUGCGCAUUCUGUCACCUCAACUCCCCAUUUCUCGUUUUCUGAUAAUGGCAUACACGUCGUCCUCGGACUCGCGAUCAUAGUCGGCGUCGUGGUACAAUUUGCCUUGGGAAUAGUCAUCAACGCUCUUUUCAACCCACAACGAAAAUCAGUCCCUCUCACUGACAAGCUCCAUUGGUUUCUCGGACGCUUACUGACUCUAGCUGCAGUUGUCAAUAUCUGGUUUGGUCUGUCGCUAUACGCGCAAAAGCAGUCACUGUCAGUUGCUCUAUAUGCUAUAUACGGCGUAUGGUUGGCCAUCCUGCUAGUCUUGAUUAUUGCUAUUCAGUUUAGAUACCCUGUUGUCCAUCACCUUAAGGGAAAGAUUGGGGAUAAGAUUAUGGAAGGGGAGGAAGAGGAGCAGAAUGUCGCAGUGGCUGCAAAGCGAAAAGUCGAGAAUGAAUGA